AUGAGUUCAGAAGCAAAGGAUGCUCAUCUGUUCAAUGCUGUUGGUCUUCGCUGGAAACGACAACGAUUUGUUCUCAAUCCAACAUUUUCCUCGCUAAAACUCAAACAAAUGCCACCGUUGAUUCAUCGAAGUACCAAUAUUUUAAUGGAAAAAAUGGCAGAUCAGUGUGCCAGAAAUGAACCAUUUGAUAUUUAUGCAUAUUUCAAACGAUUCACAAUGGAUACUAUUUGGUCAUGUGGUUUUGGUGUCGACACUGACAUGCAAAAUAAUGUCAAUGAUCCGUAUCUUCUCAAUACACAAAAGAUGUUUUCACCGAAUAUGUUUCGUGGAAUAAUAUUCGUUUUGGCUAUUUUGAUAACAGAAUUAACAAAAGUCUGGAGAAGUAUAUUUCAGGUAAUGAAUGUUAUCCGCUAUUGGCUUCGGCGCUAUAUUCCCAUUACAAAGCCACUUAUUGACGAAAGUCCUAGCACAUGGAUUAUGAAACAAGCCGACGAAAUGAUCGAAAAACGUAAAGAUAUUGGUCAGACUGGUCGAACAGAUUUAUUGCAGUUAAUGCUCGAAUCCAUGUCCGACCAAGAUUUCAUUCAAGUAAGAUUCUCUCGACAAUUGAGAAAACAAUAA